AUGCGAAGGAUAUGGAGAGAGGAAGAGCAGAAUAUUAUCUCUAGUUUGAGGGGUACACUGAAUGUUCCGUGCGCAGAUGAGUUACGCCCAUUGCUGUCUGAGAUUCUCGGCAGAGUUGAGGGCUAUUUUGAACAAAAGGAGCAGACACUGCCGGAAGAGAGUUUGGAAGAGCCAGUUGCAAAGGUCCAGAACACCGGGAAGAAGAUUCUACAAGGAGGAAACUCUGGACAUGCCUGCGAGUCUUUGGAGGUGGGCAGCAGUCAGAUGCUCAAUCGGGGCUCAAUCAAAGUCCCAGAGCCAGUCGGUCCACUAACACAAGAAUGGCAGUUUUCAAAUAACAUUGAAACUUCGAGCAUGUCAAAUUACACCUUCACCUGUCUCACGCCUACUCAGCAUCAAAACCAGUUCGGAUACUCUUAUUCUGAUCACCCAGCCGGUCCGCUCCGUUCGGAUCUCAGGAUGGAUUGGCAUCUAGGGGACCCCAGCAGUGACAUCUCGAUGGAGGAUUUCAUGUCGUUUGUUACCUCCUUGGAGGAAUUUCUAUCUUCAGAGGACUACCAAUCUUCAGUACAAAACCUAAACAGCUUCUAA